AGUGGAAUGUUGUAUCGCGGUUGAAAUGUGUGAUAUUGGUCCAAUACGUGAUUCCCGAAAUAUUUUUUAGGGGCAGAGUAAAGUUACACUACAUGCCCAUUGGGCCAAGGGCGCAGUACAAUGGUGAAUUCUUGGAAAACGUCAAGCCUACUCUGGAUGGACUGUGUGCGCCGCCUGACGCUCAAAUGGUUGCCUACCCGUUGAGGGAAGCACUGAAACUGCAGUGCGGAGAAAAUGUAACCGUAGGAGGAGAAUGAUAGUAGAGCUUCUGUGCCCGGGGACUGCUGUUAGUUGCGAUGACGAGUUAUGCCUUAUGGAGUUAUGUCUAAGGAAAGCAUAUUAGAAACAGAACGAGUCCCUCCCUGUUGUAGCAGUAAGGUGAGAGCGCAAAUGGCAAUGCAUAGGCCCAACCUCAGAUAAGUGCAGUGGGCUACUGAAAUGGUAGGCUACACCCUUUCGUAAUGACAUCUUUUGGGGGUUGUUUUACAUUUUAGUCGAUUAGCAGACGCUGUUAUCCAGAUUGACCUACAAUUAUCACAAUUGACCGCUCUGUCUUUUUUUCUGUUGAUUUUGGUUAGUUACAGAUUUUGAAGAAUAUAAAGACAUGAAUCAAAUAUAUGCCUACUAAAAGGGUUUUGCCAAAUCUGGGUGUGUGGUAUUGGAGUUGUUCAAUCCAAAGUCCCUAAUGCAGGUUGCUAAAACCUGGGAGGAGAAAAGGGAGAUCAAUUUUUCGAAAUGAUGUCUGCCAGGUAAAUGGCUGAAACAAGUUGGGAGCUGCUGUGCCUCUGUCUGGCCGACCAAUGCAGUGUGUAGGGACGGUCGCCCAGCCCGACGAAAACAUGAACGGAGCGGGGGAGCAGGUGGACAUCCUGUCUCCUAACUGCAUGGUAAAGGACCGAUGGAAAGUGCUGAAGAAGAUUGGUGGGGGAGGUUUUGGGGAGAUCUAUGAAGCAUUGGACCUGCUGACCAGGGAGAAUGUGGCUCUGAAGGUAGAGUCAGCCCAGCAGCCUAAACAGGUUCUCAAGAUGGAGGUGGCUGUCCUCAAGAAACUGCAAGGAAAAAAUCAUGUAUGUAAAUUCAUCGGAUGUGGAAGGAACGAGAAGUUUAACUAUGUGGUCAUGCAACUUCAGCAGGGGAGAAACCUAGCAGACCUGAGGAGGAGUCAGCCCCGCGGCACCUUCACCAUGAGCACCACGCUACGCCUGGGCAAACAGAUUCUGGAGUCCAUAGAGGCCAUCCACUCUGUGGGCUUCCUGCAUAGAGACAUCAAGCCUUCUAACUUUGCUAUGGGUCGACUCCCCUCCACCUACAGAAAGUGCUUCAUGUUAGACUUUGGCCUGGCUCGCCAGUACACCAACACUACUGGAGAGGUUCGACCACCCAGAACUGUGGCGGGAUUUCGGGGAACUGUUCGUUAUGCGUCAGUAAAUGCUCAUAAAAACAAAGAAAUGGGUCGCCAUGACGAUCUAUGGUCGCUAUUUUACAUGUUGGUAGAGUUUGCAGUCGGUCAGUUACCAUGGAGAAAAAUUAAAGAUAAGGAGCAAGUGGGUCAGAUUAAAGAGCGCUACGACCACAGAAUGCUGCUCAAACACAUGCCUUCUGAGUUUUACAUCUUCUUGGAUCAUGUUUUAGGCCUUGACUACUUCACCAAACCAGAUUACCAGUUGCUGAUGUCGGUCUUUGAGAACAGUAUGAAGGAACAUAUCAUCACAGAGAACGAGCCUUUUGAUUGGGAGAAGGGAGGGACGGAUGGAGUGCCUCUGUCCACCAGCACGUCAACGCCCCCUCAACAGAACACACGACAGACUCCCGCUGUGAUUGGGGUGGUGAACGUGACUCUGGUUCCUGGGGAGCUGCCGAGGGAGAACACAGAUGACGUUCUACAAGACGAGCACCUGAGUGACCAGGAGAACGCUCCACCUGCAGUACCCAGCAGGCCUUGCGAGGGGACACCUCCCCAGUUGGAAGCCGAGGCGUGGCACGACACCGACUUAAACCGCAACCAACUCAGGAUCAGCAUCAGCAAGGGGCAGUUGGCUGCGGAGGAAGAGGAGCCUGCUAGAGGGACGUGUCCUGAUGCCCUCGUGGGUGGAGCUCCCCCAGAAAUGACUGGUGCUCAGGUCUGCGCUCUGCGGUACCGGAGGAUCAACAGCCCAGAGUCAGACCGUGUGUCCGCCGCAGACGGGAGACCAGACAUCUACGACAAACGAGGGUCUCGUAUGGACAUUCUGGGAUCCCCGUCCCGCCACGUGCAGUCCUCCCAGCCGGCCCAGAUGCACUCCCUGGAGGGAGGAGGUGGGGACCGGCAGGGUGGCAGUGGUAGACCAGGUCAAGAGGUCUCCGUAGCCUCUGUGGCCGACCCCGAGGCCCACAGUAACGCGUUCAUCCGGUCUGUACCACUCGCCGAGGAGGAAGACUUUGACAGCAAGGAGUGGGUGAUCAUCGACAAGGAGACUGAGCUCCAGGACUUCCUGGGUCUCCUGGGCCCAGGGGCUGAGCCCACCACCUCGGGGCCCACCACCGACGAGGAGCCUGAGGAGCUGAGGCCCCUAGACGAAAUGGAGGAGUGGAGGAGGUUACGGGGAGCUGGAGGUGGAGAGGUGGUGGUGAGGCCAAAGAUGCGAGCAGGAGGCAUUGGGGUGCCGCCAGAAGGGGAGGGGUCUAAUGGGGCCAGUCCUGGGUACCCAGGUUAUCACACUCUGCCUCAUAGCCGUGGACACAGACCACGGCCACAGUCGGAGUACUUUGGAGCUCACGGACAGGCCCUGGAGCAGAUCAGCCCAUACCAGGAUGGCAGUGGGGAGGACCUCAACUUCCAGGGUGUAGAGAGAGAGAGGCCUAACCUUCCCACGCUGGCCCUGCAUCGCUUUCGACGGGUGGACUUCCUCUCUGCCUUGCUCACCGGCGCCGCCACCCUUCCGCCUCUCCAAACCUCCUUUGAGGUUGAUUCCAGAACCUGUGUUGAGCAGGAUCAGGAUGGGAAUGUGGAUGCCGCUGAGGUCGGGGCUGGGGCAGUGUCCAGCGAUGAUGGGAGCCCCAAGAGCAGCGAGCACAGCCAGGAGGGUGAUGAUGGAGCUCCCUCUACUCUUCUUGCAGACGAACCUCCUCGGGACUACCCUCGCCGGGCCUCUGCAGGAGUGGGGUUUGGUGGUGAUCCGGACCUGGAGCUGGAGGAAGGCUCCAAGACCCUGGUGCUCUUCUCCCCUGGAGACGUGAGGAGGUCCCUUGCCGUGGUGGGCGAUCUGCCCCCGGACGAUGCCGGGAGCCACCAGGGGACGCUGGCAGCCAUCACACCCCAGUGCGAGAGAGCUCUGGGAAGCCUGCUGGACGUGUCUGAGCCAGGUACUUUGUUCUCCCAGUUGAAGUCCGAGCCCAAACCGCCUUCGACGGCCGUCUCCUCCAUCCUGGUCAAUGUGGCGCCCAAUGUUGUUACUCCCACCAGCACCUCCCCUCCUUUCACCAAAGUAGAGCGGACAUUCGUACACAUUGCCGAGACGACCCACCAUAAUGUGAUGAGCUCCUCAGGGACUCUGCAGCUCAGGCUGCUGCUCCCUGGGCUGGUUGAGGAGCCCACAGACGAACAGGAGAACCACUCGGAGGAAGAGAAAGAGGAGGGUGUCUUGGAUGGAGAGAAAGAGAGGAGCAGGGAGAGCAGAUCCGAUGUGGACCGUUCAGACAAAGACGUUGAGAAGGAGAGGGAGAGUGGAUCUGAGGGUGAGGUUCCAAACAGAGACAUUGAAGAGGAGAGGGAGAGUGGAUCUGAGGGUGAGGUUCCAAACAGAGACAUUGAAGAGGAGAGGGAGAGUGGAUCUGAGCGUGAGGUUCCAAACAGAGACAUUGAAGAGGAGAGGGAGAGUGAAUCUGAAGGGGAGUUCCAAAAGACGUAUGACGUACAGAGGAGGGAGAGUGGAUCAGAAAGCAACGUCUUUGAGAAAGACGAGGAAGGAGAUGAAGUGAGCAGGUUUGAGGAGGAAGAGGAGAAGGAGGAGGAGGGGAAGAGAGAGAGUAGGUCCAAGGAGGAAGUUCCCGAGAGAGAAAUCCCAGGUUCUCCAGAGAGAGACAACAGGGCUAAGGAGGAGGAAAAGGAUGUUGCAAAGAAAGAGGUUGAGGAGUUAAUCCCUCCAGAAAAAGAGAUGGAAGAAGAGCCAGAACUUGGGGACGAAGCCCAGCCAGCGAUCCAGUCAAACCUCUCCUCUCCCAUUCUCUGUCCCCCAGAAGAACCUGAAGCCCAGGAUAUCCUGGUUAUUUCAAUAGAAACCAAGUUAGACUCUGAAACAGAGGACACCCCUAUUGUCGUUUCCCCUGAGAUGGAGCCAGCCCAAGACGUGAUGUUAGCAGAGAAGGAGAGCCAGGUCCAGCUCGAACAAAACAAUGAGGCUUCUCCACAGGAGGAACCAAAGGACCCUGGUGAUCCAGAAAAAUUGGCAGAGGCCAGCAAACAGACCAGGCCUCGGAAAAUUAGCCGAAUCCCGGUUCUCUCUCGGUCUGAGGAGGACACCAGCUCGGACCAGGACCAGUCGGCGGCAUCCCAGUCAUUAAAGUCUCGUCAGAGGGCCAAGCGACCUCACCUAGCCAGGUUGGUCAUGGAAAGGAGGCAAGGUCGCAUGCUAAGACUGGCUUCUGUUUCCUCAGCGUCCUCUGCGGAUGAUGGCUGUAAAGUUCCAGCAGAGAUCCAGUCAGAGGAAGACACCCAUGAUGAGGACAACUAUCUGCCCAGGAAGGAGAGGGGAAUUUGGGGGGAGAGGAGUGAGGGGCGUCAAAGGAGCAGGAUACCCCGUCCUGUCACACCUGUUAAGCUGCAGGGAUCCUCUGUUACACCGUCUCAUGCUGUCUCCCAAACGGGCCCCAAUGCUAAACUCCACAAACCACAACUUUCAACUAUAUAUACUAGGCAUCAAUCACACAAAACUAGGACCCCAAGAAUAAAUGUUCCACUGCACCAGAGGUCCCAGACUCUGCAAUCCCGACCUGGACCCGGGGCCAACUCCUCCUCCCUAUUCUCCACCCCCCAGACCCCCCUGCGUGGGGUCAUCUCCCGAGCCCCUCUCUCUGCAUGCCCCUCCCCACGUAGCCUCAGCACCUCACCCUGUUGCUACUCCACUUCCCGGACCGACAGCCCCUCCCCUCAGCGCCCACGCCGGGGGGCUGCAGUUACAGAGGUCCGGAGGCAGCUCAUAUCCGUGCGGGCUCAGACUGCACUUCCGCUAAAACCCAAACCGCCUCAAACCGAUGAUUCCUCAGCCCCUGGGACGCCCAGGAGGCGAGGCAAACUUUACCCGUUGUCAUCUACAUCCACACCCACCAAGGGGAAGUCAGAUGCGUCUGAGAGCAAGACAGCCACCAGAUAAUAUAGCCUAGCUUAGUGUAUCAGGGCUAUCUAUCCACCAGACUAUCCACACUGCACUUCACACACCCCUUUAUCUACUGUAUGUCAGAGUAACUCCACGACCUCAAACGUGUUUGUGCGAAAACACUAUGUUUCAACUCUCAGCUUAAGAUAACAAAGAGGGGUCUGCUUCUAAUCACAGUUAAGGCCAAGAACAAAACCAGUAAUAGAGAGCACCAGGCAGCAGUGAGAUCCCCAAUGCCACAGACUCGGGAAGUGGGUGUGAGCCCCAAUGCCACAGACUAGGGAAGUGGGUGUGACCCUCAAUGCCACAGACUGGGGAAGUGGGUGUGACCCCCAAUGCCACAGACUGGGGAAGUGGGUGUGACCCCCAAUGCCACAGACUAGGGAAGUGAGUGUGACCCCCAAUGCCACAGACUAGGGAAGUGGGUGUGACCCCCAAUGCCACAGACUAGGGAAGUGGGUGUGACCCCCAAUGUCACAGACUAGGGAUGUGGGUGUGACCCCCAAUGUCACAGACUGGGGAAGUGGGUGUGACCCCCAAUGCCACAGACUGGGGAAGUGGGUGUGACCCCCAAUGCCACAGACUAGGGAAGUGGGUGUGACCCCCAAUUCCACAGACUAGGGAAGUGGGUGUGACCCCCAAUGCCACAGUCUAGGGAAGUGGGUGAGACCCCCAAUGCCACAGUCUAGGGAAGUGGGUGAGACCCCCAAUGCCACAGUCUAGGGAAGUGGGUGAGACCCCCAAUGCCACAGACUCGGGAAGUGGGUGUGACCCCCAAUGCCACAGACUCGGGAAGUGGGUGUGACCCCCAAUGCCACAGACUCGGGAAGUGGGUGUGACCCCCAAUGCCACAGACUAGGGAAGUGGGUGUGACCCCCAAUGCCACAGACUAGGGAAGUGGGUGUGACCCCCAAUGCCACAGACUAGGGAAGUGGGUGAGACCCCCAAUGCCACAGACUAGGGAAGUGGGUGAGACCCCCAAUGCCACAGACUAGGGAAGUGGGUGUGACCCCCAAUGCCACAGACUAGGGAAGUGGGUGUGACCCCCAAUGCCACAGACUAGGGAAGUGGGUGUGACCCCCAAUGCCACAGACUAGGGAAGUGGGUGAGACCCCCAAUGCCACAGACUAGUGAAGUGGGUGAGACCCCCAAUGCCACAGACUAGUGAAGUGGGUGAGACCCCCAAUGCCACAGACUAGGGAAGUGGGUGAGACCCCCAAUGCCACAGACUAGGGAAGUGGGUGAGACCCCCAAUGCCACAGACUGGGGAAGUGGGUGAGACCCCCAAUGCCACAGACUAGGGAAGUGGGUGUGACCCCCAAUGCCACAGACUAGUGAAGUGGGUGUGAGCCCCAAUGCCACAGACUAGGGAAGUGGGUGUGAGCCCCAAUGCCACAGACUAGGGAAGUGGGUGUGACCCCAAUGCCACAGACUAGGGAAGUGGGUGUGACCCCCAAUGCCACAGACUAGGGAAGUGGGUGUGAGCCCCAAUGCCACAGACUAGGGAAGUGGGUGUGAGCCCCAAUGCCACAGACUAGGGAAGUGGGUGUGACCCCCAAUGCCACAGACUAGGGAAGUGGGUGUGACCCCCAAUGCCACAGACUAGGGAAGUGGGUGUGACCCCCAAUGCCACAGACUCGGGAAGUCGGUGUGACCCAAAAUUCCACAGACUAGGGAAGUGGGUGUGACCCCCAAUGCCACAAACUAGUGAAGUGGGUGUUCGUUACCUCCUACUGCAGCUGUGGCCUCCCUGCACCUGUCUGGGAACUUGUUCCUUAGCAGGGUUCGAAUUACACAUUGACUCUUGGGGCUCUGCACGAUGAUGGUGCCCAAUGUCCAUAUCGAUUGUGGGGUGCCUGAUUUGUAAUGGGGUUCCCCUAGCCUCCCCUAGCCCCCCUGUGAUUCUGACUCAGUACAGCAGCCCUCGUAUGCCUUAAUAAGACCUGUUCUAAGACCAGUUCUUGUCUACUCCUCCCAUCACUAAUGCUUCCAGGGAAGAAAGAAAACUGCAACAGCAGAGCAGCAGCCUCUGAUCUCACUUACUAGUUUGCUUAAAGAAGUGCUUUAAAUUAAAAUGAUUACGUGUGAUAUGAAAAUAAUAUAUAGCUAAAUUAUAGGAUUAACUUUAUUUAGGUCAGACCACGGAUUGUAGUUUAGGUAACACUUGACGUUCCUUCUUAUGAAGAGUUCUGAACUGUUAUAUUGCGUUAUAAGCGUUCAUAGCACCUUAUGGAAGUCAUAGAGCAUUAUAAAACUACAAUAAAGCAAUAAGGUACCAGAAACUGUUAUAUAUUAUGAAUAUCUCUCUCAUGCCUUAUUACUUGAUUGUCAAGUUUCACAAUGCUCAAUGACUGCAUCUAUGAGAUUCUAUUAAGGUUUUUAAAGCAUUAUAACACUUUACAAGGUGCUUUGAAUAAAGUUACCGUCAUGUAGAUAAGAAUCAGAUCUGGAUUGGUGUGCAGUUUACACUUGGCAUUGUUAUUUCUCUCUCACAACCAAUCAGGGACUGGUAAAUCUACAUUUUGGAAUGAUAACCUGUGCCCGACCUAAUGUAUGAUAACCGCCAUAGAGUAGUAUACAGUCUCAUAAAGCCCUAUGAAGGUGUUCAUUAGACAAUAUCACACUUCACCAGGAGCUGCUUCACGUGUUGCUAAAUGUUUCAUACAGUAGGCCAAUCUCUAUUUGAACUAAGGGUAACGCUUUAAAUUAAGGUACCUUUUAUUGUAAAGUGUUACCUAAAUAAGUCUCAUUAUUCCUCUGUCUUUUUCAUUGAGAUAGAAAAGGAUUUUGAGGGAAUCGAAAUGAAUGCAUAAAGUCGAUGUACUUGUGGCUUUGUAAUGGUCAGCAUGUGUUCUUGUCUACCUUGGGAAGCGGUUCACCCAGAUAUGAUCAUGAGUGGCUUUUAUUUUGUAGGAGUUCAUUGGAUGUACCUAGAGAGUCCCAAAUGGCUCUUUAUUCCCAAUUUAGUGCACUACUUUUGACCAGAGCCCAUAGGGAGUAGGUUGCCAUUUGGGGCGUAAAUUAAAUCAGAAACACAUUUAAAGAUAGAUACUGUGGAAUGUGUCCAAAUGAACAUGAUUUCUGUUAUUGUUGUGUUAGGGACUGUACGUUAUUUAUAAUGAGGGAUACCUGGAGGAAAUCGGAUCGCUCUGAAAAGAAAAUGGAUGGCCCUCCCUUCAGUAAAAAAUAUUGCACGCUUGAAAAAACACUAGUGACCUUCCCCUAUACCCAAAAUAAUAAUUCAAACAAAGUGGAUAGCAGACAACAUGCCUAACGUUUAACCUCACUCGUAGGACAGACAAGAGCCUUAGAUAUGCAGUUUUAGAAGCUGUAAGCAUUACAUGAAACCGUUUCGUAAGCAUUACAUGGCUAAGUAGCAAGGGCGGCGGGCCAGAAGGUUGUGGAUUCGCAGACCACUGUGGACAAGGGUAGGGGUGAAAAGCUCUGCUUUCUAAUAAAACCACUGCAUGAAUCUAUCAUCUUAUUUGCAGGUCUGAGAAAAAAAUAGCCUUUUAUAAACGCAGAAGCAGAAUCUGUUUUAAUACCUCAACAGAGCAUGACAGCGAAUGAGCGCAUGCUGCAGCACAGGCGACGUUUUGAUUUCUAUACAGGCUAUUGUUAAAAAAGAGGGUAGUCUUCAGUUUGGAACAGGGGUAAAGUUGUCUAUCAACUGUAAAAAUGGAGCGCAACCGAACAAGUUAUGACUGAGGUAUCUGAUCAUCAAUGAAUUUGAGAAAAAUACAUUUGUUUUUUUAACACAGCAGCCGCAGAUCAUCAGGUAGGCCUAUAUGCACUUGCAACUUUUUUCAAUUGUGAAACUAUCAUUUUCUAAUUCAUUCUAUUUUAUUCCAUUACAUUCUUGUUACAAAAUAAAGAUCCAUAGCUCACCGCAUGAUCCUCAAACCAAAGACUGGCCAAACUCAUGUUUCUAAAAGUGAAUUCAAAGGCAUUGUGGAAUGACAGUGUAGCCUAAUUAGGAAUUUUUUGUUUCAUUGAUAUUUCAUUCUAAGUAAUUAUUUUAAACAGCCUUAAUGCAAAAUGUAUAGGCAUGUUGUUAAAGUGCUGUUGUUGAAAUGCUGAGCACUCCUGCCUGCUUGUAGCUUGUCACAAAUCCUUCAGAAUGUAUUUCUUAAAUGGCAGACUAGACCCUUAUACAGAAACCCAGCCUAAAACGCCAAACAGCAAGCAAUGCAGAUGUAAAAGCACGGUAGCUAGGAAAAACUCCCUAUAAAGACAGGAACCUAUGAAGAAACCGAGAGAGGAAUCAGGCUCUGAGGGGUGGUCAGUCCUCUUCUGGCUGUGCCCGGUCGAGAUUAUAAGAGUACAUGGCCAUUAAGGCCAGAUCGUUCUUCAAGAUGCUCAAACGUUCAUAGAUGACCGACAGGGUCAAAUAAUAAUCACAGUGUUUGUAGAGGUUGCAACAGGUCAGCACCUCAGGUGUAAAUGUCAGUUUGCUUUUCAUAACUGAGCAUUCAGAGGUCGAGACAGCAGGUGUGGUAUAGAGAGAAGGAGACCGAGAGAGCGAGUGAGGGAGCAUGUCCAGUGAACGGGUCAGGAUUCCAUAGCCGCAGGCAGAACAGCAAUAACUGGAGCAGUAGCACAAUCAGGUGGACUUGGGAGGGGGAACAGCCAAGAGUUGUCAGGCCAAGUAGUCCUGAGUCAUGGUCCAAGGGCUCAGGUCCUCCUGGAGGGAAGAGAGAGAGAGAGCAAGUGAGACAUUGGAGAAUUAGAGGGAGCAUACUUAAGAUCACAGGACAUCAGAUAAGACAGGAUAAUUACACCAAAUAGGACAGACUGACCAUAGCCCCCCGGCACAUAGACUAUUGCGGCAUAGACACCGGAGACUGACACAGGGGGUCGGGGGACACUGUGGCCCCAUCCAACGAUACCCCCGAACAGGGUCAACUAGGCAGGAUAUAACCCCACCCACUUUGCCAAAGCACAGCCCCCACACCACCAGAGGGAUAUCAACAGACCACCAACAUACUACCCUGAGACAAGGUGGAUCUCCCCCACCGCACAAGCCCGAGGGGGUGCAAAACCGGACAGGAAGAUCACGUCAAUCACUCAACCCACUCAAGACGAGUAUAGCGGGAAUAAAGCCUGGCACGACAUGAUGCACCCCUCCUAAGGAUGGCAUGGGAGAGCACUAACAAUCCAGUAACUCAGCCCCCCCAUAAGGACAGAGGCAGAGAAACCCAGUGGAGAGAGGGGAGCCAGCUAGUCAGAGACAGCAUGGGUGGUUCGUCACUCCAGAGCCUUGCCGUUCACCUUCGCACCCCUCUGCCAGAAUACACUUAAGCAUAGGGCCUACUGAAGAGAUGAGUCUUCAGUAAAGACUUAAAGGUCGAGACCGAUUCUGCAUCUCACAUGGAUCGGCAGACCAUUCCAUAAAAAUGGAGUUCUAUAGGGGAAAGCCCUCACUAGCUGUUUGCUUAGAAACACUAGGAACAAUGAGGAGGCCUGCGUCUUGUGACCGUAGCGUACGUGUAGGUAUGUACGGCAGGACCAAAUCGGAGAGAUGGGUAGGAGCAAGUCCAUGUAAUGCUUUGUAGGUUAGGUUUUAUUUCAGACGACUGUACAACCAUCGAGAUGAAUUGUGCGGUCAAACAGAAGAACUCUUUGUUUCUUGGGACCUAGAACUAGCAUCUCUCUUUUGUCAGAGUAUAUAAGUAAAACAUUUGCCACCAUCCACUUCCUUAUGUCUGAAACACAGGCUUCCAUGGUAGGCAAUUUUGGGGCUUCACCAUGUUUCAUCAAAAUGUACAGCUGUGUUGUCUGCAUAGCAGUGAAAGUUGACAUUGUGUUUCCAAAUUACAUCCCCAAGAGGUAGACUCUAUUGUGAAAAAAAUAGUGGUCCUAAAACAGACCUUGAGGAACACCCAAACUUAACUUUGAUUUUUCAGAGGACAAACCAUCCACAGAGACAGAGUGAUAUAUUUUCGACAGAUAAGAUCUAAACCACACAUAAACUUGUCUGUGUAGACCAAUUAGGGUUUCCAAUCUCUCUAAAAGAAUGUGGUGAUCGACGGUGUCAAAAGCAGCACUAAGUUCUAGGAGCACGAGGACAGACGCAGAGCCUUGGUCUGACACCAUUAAAAGGUAAUUUACCACCUUCACAAUCGUGGUCUCAGUACUAUGAUUGGGUCUAAGACCAGACUGGAGCAUUUCCUAUACAUUAUUUGUCAUCAGGAAGGGAGUGAGUUGCUGAGCAACAGCUUUUUAAAUAACAAUUUGAGAGGAAUGGGAGAUUCGAUAUUGGCAGAUAGAUUUUUAAAAAAAAUCUGUCUCAAGGCUUUUUAAGGAGAUGCUUUAUUACUGCCACAUUUAGUGAGUUUGGUACACAUCCAGAGUAUAGGUAGCCAUUUAUUAUAGGACGGCAAAGCACAGGAUGUAGCUCUUACAGUAGUUUAGAGCUGGAAGGUUUAGAGGCCAUGACUAUUAUUGUGAAUGUGUCUAGAGAUACAGGAUUAAAAAACUUGAGUGUCUCCAUUGAUCCGAGGUCCUGGGAGUUCUGUGCAGACUCAAGACAACUGAGUUUUGGAGAAAUACGCAUAGUCUGUAACUUGCUUUCUAAUGAUCAUGAUCUUUUCAUCGAAGAAGUUCAUGAAUUCAUCGCUGCUGAAGUGAAGGCCAUCCUCACUUGGGGAAUGCUGCUUUUUAGUAUCAAAAAUACAUUUAGGAUUGUUUUUAUUCUCCUCAAUCAGGGUGGAAAAGUAGGCUGAUCUAGCAGCAAUGAGGGCUUUUCAAUAUUACAUGGUACUGUCUUUCCAAGCUAAUCGGAAGACUUCCAAUUUGGUGGGGAGCCAUUUCCAUUCCAAAUCUUGCUUCAGGGCUCUGGUAAUUUCUGUAUGCCAGGAAGAUAGUUUCUUGUGACAAAUAUGUUUUGUUUUUAGCGGUGCGACUGCAUCUAGGGUAUUACGCAAGGUUAAGUUUAGCUCCUUGGUUAGGUGGUUUUUGUACUCCAGUGUGGAAGGGAAGUCUGGAAGGGCAUCUAGGAAUCUUUAGGUUGUCAGAGAAUUUAUAGCGCGGCUUUUGAUAUCAUUGGUUGGGGUCUGAGUUAAUUAUUUGUUGUGAUUGAAAACGUAAUAAAAUGGUGGUCCAAUAGUCCAGGAUUAUGAGGAUUUUUUUUUAGAUCCACAAUAUCUAUUCCACGGGACAAAACUAGAACCAGGGUAUGAUUGUGGCAAUGCGUAGGUCCCGAGACAUGUUGGACAAAACCCACUGAGUCUAAAUAAAAUACAAAUAUUAUCUGCCAUGACUACGAGGUCCGAUAGGAAUUCAGGGAACUCAGUGAGGAAUUCUGUAUAUGGCCCAGGAGGCCUGAAAACAGUACCUAUGAAAGUGAUUGAGUAGGCUGCAUAGAUUUCAUGACUAGAAGCUCAAAAGACGAAAACGUCGUAAAUUGAAAAUUGCUGUCAUAAAUGUUAGCAACAUCUCAGCCUUUGUGGGAUGUGUGGGGAUAUGGUCACUAGUGUAACCAGAAGGAGAGGCCUCAUUUAACGCUUGAGCCAUGUUUCAUCAAGCCAAUCACAUCAAUCACAAGCCCUAUCUCAAAUAUGAAGACCUACCUCUGUCAAACAGGAAGGCCUAGCUCUUAUUUCUUGGAUAUGAAGACAAUAGUCUCCAACACAAAACCCUCUUGUUGUUAGUAGCCUAAAGUAAAAUUAAAAUGAAGACCGUUUAAAUGAAUUAAGCCUUCUCAAAUAUCUGUGGCUGGUGCUUCAUAGUAAUGUAGGUUGUGUAAGUUACUAGAAUCGGGCUUAUUGUGAGGUCAAUAAGUCUGAUAAAUAUAUUCAUUAUGCGCAGCGAAACAUAUCGUUUUUAUUCAAAUCAAUUAAAGCAGUAGAAAGCUUACAUCCGGUCCUCCUUUUCAUCGCCACACUUUCCCUCUCAAACUGAACAGGACAUCAAUAGGCCUAGUCCGAACGCACAGGAAUAGAAUUGUUUUGAGAAAUUCAAACAUUAUUUUCAAAAGAAGCCAUUCACUCAUCUCCUGAAGUGCCAACGUACACAGCACAGUCAUUGGUUAGGCAGCACAAAAGGGUUUACAUCAGCAAGAGCAGGGCAGGCUGGGGCUCAUGAUUGGGAUAGCCUAUCCAUUGAAGUGUAUAAUGCUGUGUAGCCGAGUUUUAUAUACACCAUCCCAGGGGCGCAAAAACACGGGAAGUACAUUUUCUUGGAAAUAUAACUUUGCCCUGUGCUUCUCCGAGCAUGCUCUUCGUAUAGCCUAGGCCUAUAGCCUAUAGAAUAUGCAUCAUUUGAUUGAGACCACACUAGGAGCACUUGAUAUUGCGCACCCUGCAGAUAAUCAGGGAUGAGGGGCAGCAUCGGGCACACAUUGAGAUGUAAUUUUCAACUACUUCUCAAACACUGAGCAAUAUGACAUUUCAUCGAACCUGGACUAGAUAAAAAAAAUACUCAACCCUCCCCCUGACUAAAAUUGAAAUAGCAUGGCCCAGCCCCAUUUUCAUCCAGGUCCCUAGUUCUGAAUAUUUUGAAAAGUCCUUCACAGUUUAUACACAUGAGGUAGAGCUAGUUAUACAGGUUCAUAGAAUGUUUACUUCAGGUGUAAAAUCAUCAAUCAUUCCCAUUUCCGACAUUUUGCUAAUUCCUAAACAUUUUACCAGUUACAAAAUCCUAUGAUUUUGAACAUACCGUGUACCUACUUACAUAUUAAAAACAUCCCUGUAGAAUUGUAUUUAUUUUGCACUUUAAAUGUCACUAUGUUUCUUUGUCUUUUCUCAGUAUGUUAUUCUGUGCUUCACGUAUAAUGUGUUACCCUUUUAUCUUACAGGAAUCAUAAUUUCUCUCAUCAAAUGACAAGGAUAAUACAACGAAACAUCUACUCUAGUACAAUACGUUUUCAAAUCCAUUUAUUUUGCUUCAUACAAUACCCCAACAACUUUCUGAUGUCACCCCAAAAUGUCUUGAACAAUGUAGUGAGACAUGCACUCAGGUAGAGCUGCUAUGUGAUGUCAAUCAUUCACAGUUUAAUAUGAAGCAAUUUCAUUGGCUCACACUAAUAAAAGUUUGCUUUUAAUUGGUCCAUCUAUUUUACUUUUGUACCAAUCAGCAUUUCCAAGAAAUUUGGCAUGCCUUGAAAUAUACUUGCUUCUGGUGUUCCAUAAUAGUUUAUUGUACAUAAUAUAGUUACUUCUUGAGACAAAAGGUAAUCUUUAUUUUUAUUUGAUAAAUGAAAGAAGUCUUUAGAAAAAAAUUGUAAUUGCAUUUGUUUAGUUAACUUUAUUUUUCAGAAGUAUCAAAUUGUUGGAUGAGACCUCCUCAAGCUCUAAUAAUACUGCUGCAUUUAAACUAACAAAAAUGUGUUAAAUAUCUGUGUUUAAUUUGACAUGAUUCAAAAUAUUGUUUGGUGAGAGAGAUGGAACUUAAUAUGGAAUGUAAUCCCCCCCAAAAAACAGCAUUCAUAACUAAAUGUAAAUUGAAAUGCGAAGAAAUGCUAACCAAUCAAGGGUAUUACAAACUACAUGUACUUACAUUUUUAAGAAUGUCAAGAUAAAGUAUCCAAUCUAAAGCGUUGACUGUUGUACAUGUACUUUAUCAAUGAAUACAUAAUGUGAUGGUAGGAAGAGGGAGCAAAGAUGGUAUUCUGUUAUGGGUACAUUCAGUAUGUUUUCUGUCCCCCUUCUCUGUGGACUAUCGAUCUGCCCAAUCCAGGAUGAACUUUGCAUGAAUGUGCUUCAUGAAUUAAAUCAUUAUCCAAUUAACUGCUUAUUAUAUGAACUAGCUUGCUGACAAGUUGCCAUUUGAUCACUGAUGAUCAACAAUAAAGAUCUGCUUCAUUCA